AUGUGUGACUAUCCUGAUCCCGAUGAAGAAUACGAACUCAUGUAUUCCGAUGAGUUCGAGCUAAUGCGAGAAAUUGAAGAUAAGACAGAUUUGAACCCAAUUAAAAACAAGCCACUACCAGCAAAAAGAAGUUUAGAUUUCUCAAAUCAUAAUGCUAACAAUUUAUCUAAUGAAAAGGAUGAUAAAAAAGUAUCAGAAAAAAAAGAUGAUGCAAUAUCUUUAACACCUAGCUUACAAAAUAUGGAAGAUGUUCUUAUACCUUCAACAAAUUCUUCGACCAAAAGAACUGCAGAGGAUUUAUUUGGUGAUAUAGGUGACAUUGACUUUGAUAGUAUUGAGUUACCAAGUAAAAGACAAAAGACAGAAGAAGAAACUGAUAUGGACUUAAUUAAUAAAAUUUUGGAGGGAAGGAGACUUAAACAAAUGCUAUUAGAGCCUACAAAUCGCGUUAAAGUUGACAAAAAAGUGAACUUUGAUGUGAAAAAAAAUAUAUCGAUCAACAUACCAAGAUGGUCUUUUGUUCCAAUAACAAAUUCUAAUGGGGACCGUUUAUAUAUAAGACUCGAAUCUGAAGAUUCUUGGGAUAAAUCAUUGGACAUUAAUACAGGACAGUUGUCACUACGAGCUACAUAUGCUUCUGCAUGGGAGGAGGCGCACAAAAUUCUAGAAAAAAAAGAACAAGAAAGAGUUCAAAAAGAAGAAGAAGUAUCAGAGGUUGCACCACAUGGAGAAAAUCAGAGUGCUAUGUUAUGGGUUGAAAAGUACCGUCCACACUCCUAUCUUGAUCUUUUGUCUGAGGAACCUGUUAAUAGGGCUUUGCUGCACUGGCUACAUCUUUGGGAUAAGGUAGUGUUUAAAAAGGAUGUAAAAAUGAAGGAUCCUCAACAACGCAACAGUUUCAGUAAGAGGGCCGGUCAGUUCCAGUUGACAAACAAAUGGAAGGGCAAGAAAGAGUCUGAGCCUGAGAUAGAUGAAGAUGGACGACCACACCAUAAGGUGGCAUUGCUAUGUGGACCUCCUGGGGUUGGAAAGACUACUUUGGCGCACCUUUUAGCUCGAUUAGCCGGUUAUAGACCAGUAGAGUUGAACGCGUCGGACGAACGAAGUGCUGAAGCGUUUAGAAAUGCCUUAGUGAGUGCUACGUCGAUGCGGUCGGUGCUGGACGCCGAGAAAAGGCCCAAUUGUCUUAUAUUGGACGAGAUUGACGGUGCUCCCGUUCAAACGGUCGAACUGUUAGUGAAAUGGUGCACGACCACACUUACGGAAGGCAAUAAGAAAAAGAGCAAGUCUCAGCCGCUCAGACGUCCAGUCAUUGCUAUAUGUAAUGAUUUGUAUGCAACUUCGUUACGCCCUUUGAGGCCGGUGGCACUGAUCGUGACGGUUGGGUGUGUGACGGUGGCGCGGCUGGCGUCGCGGCUGGUGGCGGUGGCGAGCUGCGAGCGCCUGAAGGUGGACUCGCGCGUGCUGAGUGCGCUGGCCGCCCGCGCCUGCGGGGACAUACGCAUGGCGCUGCACGUGCUCAGCUUUCUGAGAUCCAAGUCUCAGCUGACUAUUCAAGAUAUAGAAAACGUGGCAAUUGGUACAAAGGACACCAGUAAAAGCAUGAUGCAGGCUUUGCAAGCUGUAUUCACACUUGAAGACGGAAAAUCUAAUGAUAUUUUGAGAACUAUCCAAGCUGCUGGUGAAUAUGACAGACUUAUAGAGGGUAUCUUCGAGAACUACCUAACGGCUCGUGUGGACUCACGGCUGCUUAUUGCCUGCGAGACCAUGAGCUGGCUGCUGUUUUAUGACACCGUGCAUUCUUGGACGAUGCGGAACCAAAACUAUUCGCUAUACGGAACCCUUCCAUUGUGUAUAGCGAGGUGUCAUAGGCUGCUGGCUUCGAGAGCUCAACAUAAGCUGAAGUUUCCUAUGCAGGGUCAGGAGAUGUCCCGAAGGAAGACCGAAUUGGACAGCAUCGUACUGUCAGUGUGGCGAGGAAGUAGUCCGAAUGUGGUUGUCAAUCGCAACGUACUAAGGCUAGAUGUGUUACCAUUGUUGCCUUACUUGUUGUCGCCUACGUUACGAUCCGCAAAUAUACAGCUGUGCAGCGAAAGCGAGCGGCAGACUGUGCGAGUGUGCGCGGGCGCGAUGUGCGACUACGGCCUGCAGUUCAUACAACAACGCACGCCAGAAGGACUGUACGCGUUCGUUCUCGAGCCCGAUAUACACAAGGUGGCGUUUUUUGGUAACGAAGAAAGAGUUAGAACACAACCGGCAAUACGGCAGGCGAUAGCGAGGGAACAACAGUUGGAAAUGAUAAGGCGGAAUGAAGAAAUGGCCGGCAGGGUGAAUCCUAGAAAAAAUAAUGAAGCAACUAAGAAUAAGAGUGAAGAGAAUACAGGAGAGUUUAAUAGCACGGAUGGUACGGAGUCGAGACUGCCGAACCACCUGCAGAGGUUGCAGCCGAAAGCCGUAGUAAAGAGCACGCCUCAGUUACAUAAAGACUUCUUCGGAAGAAUAGUACCAACGGCGCAGGCACAUCGACAAGAAGCGAUACCCGACGUCAUAUCAUCGAGCGGAGUUUUCUACCAAUACAGAGAAGGAUUCAACAACGCGGUGCGACGGAAUGUACGCCUGAGGGAUUUACUAUAA